ACCAUUCAGUUCAACCGUGACAGCGUCUGACGAGCAUAUCGCGAGAAGCGGGAAUAGAAAACGCUCUAUAAUGUUAUCGAUUUUAUUUAAUCAAGAAUGUUGCAUCUGGGAAUAGGCAGUUUCCACUGAACACUAUCGUUACUUGCUUUAAGCUGUUUGAAAGGAAUCCUUAACGAUGGAUAAACAAAGGCGCGGAUGGGAAAGCUGGUGGAUGGCUUCGUGUUUCUCCUUUCUUCUCUGCUUCGGACCGCAGGUUUCAGCUCAGAUAAGAUACACUGUUCCAGAGGAAAUGAAAGAGGGAUCUGUUGUGGGGAAUAUUGCUAAAGAUCUUGGACUUGACGUGAGUACCCUGAUCGACAGACGGUUCCGUAUAGUCUCUGGUUCUAAAGACGCGUUUUUCCAGCUAAACCAGAACAAUGGCGAGUUGUAUAUUCAUAGAAGCAUAGACAGAGAGCAGCUCUGUGAAGGGAACGGUGCAUGCGUAGUAAACCUAAAAACCGCGGUCGAAAAUCCUUUAGAAAUCCACUACGUGGCUGUAGAAAUAACAGACAUAAAUGACAACCGUCCUAGUUUUUCUGAACAGAAUCAGCAUCUCGAGAUCGCAGAACACACCCCUAUAGGAACGAGCUUCCAGCUGCACGCAGCGCGAGACCAGGAUGCCUCGCCGUAUUCUGUUCGUUUGUAUAAACUGAGUCAGGAUGAAAAUUUCGAGAUCGACAUCAGAAACAGCGAUGAGGAAAAGAUCCCCUUUUUAGUGCUGAAAAAACCACUCGAUCGUGAACGUAAGUCGGAGCACCUGCUCAUUUUAAAAGCCCUCGACGGUGGGAACCCUCCAAAAUCGGGGACCCUUAACAUCACCGUGACUGUGUUGGAUAUUAACGACAAUCGCCCCGUGUUCACUCAAGACACUUAUUCUGUCAGUUUACAGGAAAACUCCCCAGUUGGGACGACUGUGAUUAAAAUAAAAGCUACUGAUAGCGACGAGGGUCCAAACAGUGACGUUGAAUAUUCGCUUGGUAAAACCUUAAAGCGCAAAGUUUAUGAGGUGUUUCAGUUGGAUCGCAUUACAGGCGAAAUAAAGGUUAAAGGCGAGAUAGACUUUGAGGACACAGACGUUUACAAACUUGACGUUGAGGCUUCAGAUAAAGGUCAGCCUCCAUGGACAGUUCAAGGUCGUGUUAUUAUAAAAAUACAAGAUAUAAACGAUAAUAAGCCUGAAAUUGAGCUAACUUCAUUAUCUAAUAUCGUUGCUGAAGACUCUCAACCUGGAACAGUAAUUGCGUUGAUUAGUGUCACAGAUAAAGACUCCGGUGUUAAUGGUAAAGUUGUAUGUAGUCUCUCAGACAAUGUUCCUUUCGAGCUGAAACCCUCUUUUCAAGAUAAUAUGUACUCGCUGGUGACAAAGGGGCGUUUGGAUCGUGAACUUGUGCCCCAUUAUGAUAUCAGUGUCACAGCAGCAGAUUUAGGUCAGCCGUCCUUAUCAUCGAUCAAAACCUUAAGCAUCCAAGUAGCAGAUGUGAAUGACAACCCGCCAGAAUUUCCCAGUAAUUUCCUUGAGCUUUACAUAUUUGAAAAUAAUCCUCCUGGAUCCUCAAUAUUCUCAGUGAGAGCAUCGGACAGAGACGUAAAUGAAAAUGCUUUGGUAUCUUAUCAGAUAAACAGAGGUGUUGGGACACAGAACGAGAUAACCUCAUUCUUGAAUAUAAAUUCAGAAACAGGGGUUAUUCAUUCCCUUAAAAGUUUUGAUUUCGAAGCAAUUAAAAAGUUCCAGUUCCACGUCCUCGCCACAGACUCUGGAGCUCCGUCUCUGAGCAGUAACGUGACAGUGAACGAGGAGAGAGUCUGGGGAGGUAAGAGCAUGUGA